AUGCAUCCACGGAACAAGGACUUUCUCGAGCACGUGCUUCCUGAUUUUUUGAAAAUGACCAUUGAUUUGUACGGGGAACACUCACUUUUUGUACAACUGGAUUCCAUAAAGAUUCAAAAAGGAACAGUCGAUGUUGCUAUCGAAGAAAUGGAAAAAGGACUCUAUGACAGGUACGAUGUGGUCAUUUGCAAUUUAACACAAGCUGCUCGCGAUGGUGGCAGAGAACAGCGGAAGCAAACCUUAUCAAGCUUUAUGAAUAACGCCACAUUUUCGACUAUGGCAGUGCAGUGUUCCUAUACCGUAACGGAAAAAUUCUCUGCGCCUUAUUGUGAUGACGACAUCAUCAAACCUGCGGCUCUGGAGAGAAUAUGCUCAAUUUUAAAACUUUCGCAGGAUGACGUAACUCUAUUUGCUAUUGGUGAUAGUCGCAGAGUUUUGCGUGUUCUUCGUGCUGAGGAAACAAUCACCACAUACAACGAGAUAACUCUUGUAUUUAUCGAACUACUAUCACUUCUUACCGAUUUGGAAAGACCCAUCGCUUCCAUCGAGCAAAUUCUGUACCCUAUCGAAAUUUUUGGAAAAUUCAGGAUUGUAGUGGAUAAAGAUGAGGAUGCAACGACUCUGAAGAUGUACUCUCAAUUUGGAUCUCUUUGUGCGAAAAUCAGUCGCGUUCGUGUCACAGAUGAAAAAGAAGUUGUGGCAGAGCCCUUGAAUGAGGUAACGGUUCAAAGCGACAGUCCAACAAUCACCUGCAUGGAGAAGAUAGGUACUGAUUGCUCGAAUAUCGACAAACACGAGACCUUCACAUCGAUGGGACUUGACUCGCUUAAAACUGCCGAGUUGGAAAUGGCACUUCAAGCUGCGUAUCCGGACUAUCCGCUUCCUACAGCCGUGCUUCUGAACUAUCCGACUGUUGACAAGAUGGAUGCUUAUUUAUAUUCCUGUGCUGAUAAUCUGAAGUCGAAUAAAGAUGCUACUGCUUAUUCGGGUUGCUUGCCUUUAUCGCCACAGCAAAGGCGUUUCGUUUUUCUAGGCGAGUUAGAGCCCGAAUCAAAUGCUCAAUUCAAUGAACCGCUUAUUUUUCGCAUGGAGCUGAAACACUUUGAUCGAAAGAAUUUCGUUGCCGCUCUGAAUGAAAUUGUGAUGAGACAUACGACUCUGCGCACGACCUAUAGGGCAGAUUGUCAAAUUAUCUCCUCAGGUACUGAGAGUUACCUAGCAUGCGGUGAUACCAACAAUCCAGAAGAGUUUGUCAACUUCCCUAUCGAUAUAAAAACUAAGAGUUUACAUUUUGCACUCUGUUACUCAGCUAAUUAUGUGACUGUCUGCAUUGUGAUUCAUCAUGUUGCCAUAGAUGGAUAUUCAAUCGGCAUAAUUGCAAAAGAGAUGGAGGCAAUUUACUCCGGGGCGCGACUGCUCACACCAGUGAGCCAAUAUAGAGACUAUGCAAAGAAAGUUUCGACCCUUAGUUUUGGAGAAGAGCUGUCGAAAUGGAAAGAAAAGUUAAAUGAUAAGAAUUUCGAGUUACUUCCAGUCGAUAAGCCUCGUACAGCAAAACAAACGAAUGUUGGAAAGUCAUACACAAAAGAAGUACCACACUUUUUGCGCUGUGUCUUACAGAAUCUGCGAAAAGAGACGAACUGCACCGAUUUCUGCAUUCUCGUCUCAAUCUACAAAUUUCUCAUCUACAAGACUACAGGUAUUGCAGACUUCCCCAUUGGAUUCCCAUUAUCGAAAAGGGACAAAGAAUUUCACAAGACUGUUGGAUGUUUCGUGGAUACCGUACCUCUACUUGAAAGGGUGGAUUCCUCGAAUUCUAUCAAAGAGUAUUUCGAGAACUUCUCUGCUGCAAUAGCAGAAGCAAAAGUCAACGAUGUCCCGUUCGAUGUAUUAGUAAGCGAAUUAAAUCUUGAAAGAGACGACAACGUCAAACCGCUCUUUCAAGUCAUGCUUGUAAUGGAUAAGGUACAGCUACCUACCGAAGAAAGCGGUAUAAAAUUUGUUGAGCUGCCAACUCGCUUCGCAAAAUAUGAACAAAUUUGGUAUUUUCGUAGUGAUGCCGAUUCACUGAGCAUCAAGGUAGAAUAUAACUGUGAAUUAUUCUUUAAAGACACCAUAACUGAUCUGGUUGAUAGAUUUCUCUUCGUUUUGCAGCAGUUUGGAAGAGUAUCACUGUCUCAGAGAUUAAGUGAAAUCUCGCUUAUUAAGAAGAGCGAAUUAGCGACGAUUUAUAGAAUGAAAGCUGCCCAUGUAUGUGAUAUCCCCUCAGUUCCUGUCCCAGGAAUGAUGAAAAAAAAUUUACUGACAAAAAGUACUUUACGAUUUUCUGAACAGAGUAUGAGCUAUGCUGAGCUUGAUGAACGUAGCAGUCAGUUCUCACGGCUAAUUACCAACAAGUAUUGCCGACAUUAUGGCGAAAUACCAUCAAGGGAUAGAUGUGGAGCGAUCUUCAUGGAAAGAUCACUUGAUUUGUUAGUGGCUGUGUUUGCUGUAUGGAAAUCUGGUCUACAAGUUGUCCCCUUCAGUCUCGACUGGCCUGUCCGUCGAGCCAUGGAAACAUUGGAGAAGUUCGGAACCCCAAUUUUGAUCACCAUCGGCUUUGAAGAUCUCGCAAGAGCAGCUGUGGUCAGUUUCUACCCGGUAGUGCAAAAACUCGGCUACCCAAAAUCCCAAGUGAUUGCAAGAAAUUUGAUCGAUGUUUCGGAUUUGGCCUACAUCACAUGCACUUCCGGUACAACUGGAACCCCAAAAUUGGUGUGCACGGAAUUUUCAGGGCAUUGCAAUCUUGUCAUAGGUUAUACCAAGACAUUCCAGCUCAAUCACUCAUCUUGCAUCUACCAGGUGGUCAAUUACGGUUUUGACAUUUUCUUCGCAGACUUGUCCAAGACAUUUGCCAAUGGUGCUUCGAUGGUCCUAGCUAAUCAGCUAAUUCCAAAAAUGGAAGAAAUGCGAGAUGUAACAAACGCAUACAUCAUGCCUGCUUACUUAUCUUCGCUACAUAAUUCAGAUGUUGAGAAGUUAACAUCGUUAGAAACAGUUCAGUUUGGAGGAGAAGCAAUUCAAGAUAAAGCGCUGAGAAAUUUGCUAGAAACAGACAUUCGCUUUUACCAGGAACAUGGAGUCACCGAACAAACAGUUUACACCACUGGAAACAGAAUGAAAAUGGGCACACCGAUUUCCGAAAUUGGGAAGCCGUACAGCAACCUGUAUCUACUCACAAGAGAUUCCGAUGGCCAGCUUUUACCCGAAAAAUAUCAAGCAGUGUAUUAUGUUUCUGGACUAGGCAUUACCAGAGGUUACCACGACAUGCCAACGCUGAACUCGGCUAUGAUCAGCUAUGGAAUGUUUGGAAAAGAGUUCAGGACUGGAGACAUCACCAAAUACCAGCAAGGUCGACUGCAUUUUGUUGGGCGAGCUGAUCUGCAGGUGAAAAUCAGAGGAAGAAUUGUGGAUCUGCUCGAAAUUCGCAACCAUGUGACAUCGCAUGCUCUCGUCGACUCUUGCAUUGUCAUAGUCAGCGAUAUCAAUGGAGCCAAGGAGUUAGUCGCCUACAUCAUAGCCAAGGAUUCUACUGUUUCCGCUAACGAACUAGAAAAUUACCUUUCUAAACGCUUACCAUCCUACUGCGUACCAAAGCAUUUCGUGUUUCUCGAGAAGUUCCCUCUGAAUCAGAACGGCAAGGUUGACAAACGUCGACUGCCUAAAGUAGAUUUGCAAACAACAGCAGCUGAGCCGAGAACUGCCCAAGGAGAUUUGGAAAGCAUGGUGGUGAAAACCUUCAAGAAAUAUACGGGCAGAGAGUUCAUGGCAAACCAGUGCUUUUUCGACUACGGCGGAGAUUCCGUAAAAGCAAUGCUAGUGGUCCAAGAAUUGGAGAGAAAAGGACAUCAUCUCAAAUUGAAGUCCUUCUUUGCCCUUCGGACAGCUGAAAGAAUCGCUGCUGCCCUUCAACAACUUCCAUCGAAAUUGAAAACCUCAGAAAAAUCUGCGGAUUGCGUCAGUUUCGAUUUGCCACUUUCUCCCCAACAAAAAAGGCUGUGGUUCCUUGCACGAAUGCUUCCAGAAAGAGAUUCCUACAUAAUCCGUCUGCUCGUAGAUAUCAAUGGUAAUUUGGAGGUGAAAAAGUUCACUAUCGCUUUUCAUUCGGUGAUUAUGGUGAAUUCUGCAGCAAGAACAGUUAUCAUGUACGAUAAUGAAGAACCGAUUCUUAGCAAGAGGUCCGGAACGGAAUGUUUCCACGAUUUGAGCCAGGUCCAGAUCGCAGAUCCCAAAAUUGAUAGCAACUCGCUUAUCACAGCCAAAUUACGCGAAAACGGGCAAGGUUUCGAGUUUGACAUCAGAAUUCACCAUAUUAUAAGCGAUGGUAGAAGUUUGGCCGUUUUUGGAGAGGAGUUAGUGCAAGCCUACAAUUAUGGAAAAUUAAAGAAAUCAGAAGAAGCGCACGAAAUUGCGCAACAGCGAGAAUCUCUGGAUUUUUGGAAAGAGUACUUGAAAGAGUACGAGCCCUACCCUUCCGGAAAGAUUGGGAAUUCCGGAGCGAUCGAAGGAGAAGCAGGUUAUAUCAUGGCUGAUCUCAAUUUUAUUAAGAAGUUGCACGUUGAAGAGUUUUGCAGCAAAUAUCAGUGUACUCUCUAUCACCUGCUCGUUAUAGCUUAUGUCCAAACGUUACGCUCAAUUUACAAUAGAGAUGACAUAAUUAUCGGAACCACAGUUGCCAAUAGAACUCCGGAAAAUAUGACUACUGUAGGAUUGUUUGUGAACACAAUCCCAUUACGAUUCAACAAAGAAUUUACAAAACUUGAACAGCAGAUUUCAUAUACCUCGGAGCAAAUUCUUUCAGCUAUGGAACAUCAUACCACCCCUUUGACUGAGAUUAUCGAAGAAGUUGUGAAAGAACGAGAUGUCGCAAACACUCCAUUAUUCCAGCAUGUAAUCACCUUUGAGAGCACUUCGAUUGAAGAAUUACCGAAGAUGGAAGGACUGGUUACAAAAUGUAUAACUCCGAGAACGUUUUAUACUCAAUUUGAUCAGAGCUGGAUAUUUCAUCCAGGAGAAGAACUAGGUCUUACUGUGCAGUACGACAAGAGCCGCUAUUCUGAGCAGCAUGUGAAGGAGCUUGUGGAUUUAUUCAAACGUACAUUAAAAAACUUUCUGGCUGAUAAGAAACUUCAAAGUAAUGGUCCUCUGAUGCUGUUUUCAAGCAACGACACUCCAAGAAACAAAACUCUUGGUUUAGCCUUUGUUAAGCAAUGUGCAAUGACUCCUAGAUUGCUCUGCUUAGAAUCUAAGCAGAAAGUCUGCUACAAAGAAGUUUUUGACAAGGCCCAGAGCUUGGCCCCCACAAUGCAAUUCUCAAUUCUGCAAUAUUACGGUGUAACAGUGACUUCAGAUGACAUUGUCUGCAUUCUGAUGCAAGAAUCAGUAGAACUUCAUACAGCUAUAGAAUCCGCACACUUACUAGGAUGUGCAUAUCUCUGUCUUUCGCCUGAUACACCUAUGGAAAGGCUGAAAUUUAUAGUCGAAGACUGUCACCCGACAGUUUUCCUCACUGAAAUGGAUCUAAGCCCUCUAAACGUUAACUUCCUCAAUGUAAAAGAAGUUCUGCCAAUGCGUACAAAACCUCUUCCUUAUUUACCUCGCUCCACCUCCGACUCCUUAGCCUACCUCAUCUACACCUCUGGCUCUACCGGCUUGCCCAAAGGGGUUUGUAUAAAUCAUCAAAGUGUGAUGAAUAUGCUAGAACAUGCUACUAGAAACUACCAAUUCAGACCUGGGGCUAGAACCUUGCAGUUUACAAAGAGCAGUUUUGAUGCUAGCAUCAGCAAUACCUUCGGUACCCUACUCAACGGUGGAGUUUUGAGCAUCACGGACGAAGAAGCUGAUGUCGUGCAGGAUCUGUCAAAAAGACAACCCAUUGCUGUUCUUCAUAUGACUCCUAUUGUCAUGAGCAUGUUCGAUGACUGGGAUCUUCAGAAGUUGAAAGAUGUUGAGAAAUGGAGCUUUGGCGGGGAAACCCUAUCCCCGCACACUCUAGAUCCAAUGCUCAAAAAAGGCAAGCGAAUGAUUCAGCUGUAUGGUCCAACGGAGGCAACAUGCUAUCAAACACUGCUCAAUAUGAAAGUUGGGCAUGAAUCCACAUGUGUUGGCCCUGUCAUCUCAAAUCUCACCUAUGGCCUAUGUUCCUUCAAAAAUCAGUCUUUACUCAGGCAAAAAGUUGGACAAUUUUUCUGCAGUGGUGAAAAUCUUGCCAGGGGUUAUGUUGGUAAAGGCACAGGCGGUUUUGUGCCUAACCCUUACCAAACGCUGAGCAAUCGAGUAAUGGGUAAAAACUCGAGAAUUUACCUUACUGGAGAUGAGAUGUUAUAUGACAAAGCUGGUUAUCUACAUUUCCUCGGUCGCAAAGAUGAUCAAGUGAAAGUGAAGGGCCAUCGAGUCCAGCUUGCAGAGUUGGAAUCUCUAGCAAAUAAAUUCGAAGGGAUCGAAAAUGCUGUGACCAUUUUACAAAAAGACAAGGUUAAUAAUAACCAUAUAGUCUUGUACUUCAUUGGACAAAAAGCCAAGCAAAAAGAAUUGGAAAGCUGGCUAUCACAAAAACUCCCAAAAUUUAUGAUACCAAGCAUGAUUGUCCGUUUAGAUGAGCUACCACUAACAAAUAAUGGAAAAAUUGAUAGAAAAUUGCUAUCAAAACGCUCCGAUAUCAACAAGAACGAAAAUUUACCGAAGGAGCCAAGAAAUGACAUUGAAAGUAAAGUGCUUGAGAGCUAUAGAACCGUUUUGAAGCAAAAGGAUCUUGACUUGAACUCUGACUUCUUCCGUUGUGGAGGACACUCGCUACUGGUCGUUCGACUCAUCGAUGAACUCAAAAAGCAAGGAAUAAAUGUACAACUAGUAGAUGUGUUCAUGUUUUCUCGAAUAAGGGAAUUGGCUGAGCACAUAAUUUCCCUUAAUAGGAAGAUCAACAAUGAAAAGGACAAACCCAAGAUUCGUUUGUAUCCAGAAGAAAAGCCAACUCCUCCACAGACAACGUUGCUGCGCUCAUUUCGCUCUAGACAGCUGAGAUCACUCUAUGAUAUCUCUCUAAAACUUACUCUCAAGGUGAAACUUGAGCGGAAAACCUUAAUCCAAAUUGUGAAUAAGCUUUCCAUGGCACAUCCAUCGCUACGAACUCGUUUUGAAAAAAUUAGCGGAACCUUCAAGCUGCACAUUCUGUCCGGAACCGAGUGCUAUCAAAAGAUUUCUUUUGGACAAGGAGAAUUUCUCAAUCCUCUUGAGAAGCCGCCUUUUCUUGUCAUUUGUGACAAAAAGCAAAUAGUUAUCAAAAUCAACCAUAUAGUAACCGACGGUCACUCGAUGCGAAUUGUAGUGGGUAGCAUUGAGCGUUUACUAAACCAUGAAGAAGUUAAGCCGGACCUUGGCUUGCGUCUCCACUCCUGGCUAUUUACACAGUUUGAUGAACAAAAAGCGGAAAAUGUAGCGUUUUGGAAAGCAAAAUUGCGAAAUUUCGUAUACAAUCAGCUUCCAACAUCUCGUCCACGACAAGUUGCUGUUUCCAGUUCCUCAGCGGGUUUCCUCGACUUCUGCGUUCCCAAACUUUGGGAUACUGUAAACUCAUGGGUUUGCACCUACAACUGCACCCCAUUCGUUGCCCUUUUGGUGCUCCUCUCCCGAGUAUUUCAAUCCCUUAGCUACGACCCCUCAAUUCCUCUGCCAGUGGGCUUCCCAGUCAACCUGAGAACGCAAGAACUGUACAAUUCAGUCGGUUACGGUAUCGGUACGGUCAUGGUCGCUCAGGAUACGCGAGGAAAGCUUUCAGAAGUAAUCAAGAACGCUAUGAUACAGGUUGCGGAGGCCAUAGCGCAUGCAUUUUUGACCUACGAUGAGUUUCUUGAACUUUCUCCAUCUGGAAAGCUUUUUGCGGUAAUGCUCAUGCUGGAUAACUAUUCCGUCUAUGAAGGUGAGAUAUUCACAGUUGAACCGGAAGAGGUCGAGGUGACAAAAUUCGAGAUUACUGUCUACAUGACACAAGAUGACGAUAAAAUCAGGAUAGAAUACAACAAAAACUUGUUUAGUGAGGAUUUCAUCCAAAAAUGUGCUCAAAUUAUCAAUGUUCUUUUGGACAAUUGGAAUUGUGAUUUUUCCAGUCCGGUAUGCAGGACUUUUGCAAGUAACGGAUACAUCUACGAUAUCAAUGAUGUCAGGAAGAUGCUAGACCCUUUGAAGCUACCAGAGGUUAAUAUCACAACCUCCGCUGACGAUCAACUUCAGCUGACCUGUAGCAGCGAUCGAUUGUGCGCAGAAGAGAUAAAAAGAACCCUUCAAAAUCUACCAGCGCCAUUGAGACCAAAGAAAAUCAUAGUUGAACCGACACGUUCAUUCUGCUGCCCGCUCAGUAAACAACAACUGCAGAUGUACUACUUGUCGCUACCGGACCCAUUAACAUACCUACUACCGUUCUGCAAAAAAUUUCCGAAGACAAUGUCCUUGAGGAAUCUCCACAGAGCGCUUCUGAACGCAAUUCAGAGACAUGAAAUGCUCAGAACAAUAUUUUUUGAAGUUGAGGGAGAACCUAAACAAAUGGUUGUUUCCAUGACAGAAGCCUAUGUCCAAUUGUCUGUAGAAUUUAGCGUAGAUAUUGGAAAAAGCAUUGCUCAAUUUGCAAAUUUACCGAUGCAGCUUCAAAAGAGACCUUUAUUGGAAGCAGUUAUGUUCAAUACUGAGGAUAGUUUCGUGGCAGUACUUCGAUUGCAGCACAUUAUUUCCGACGCUUGGUCCACUUCAAUUCUAGAGAAAGAACUUGAGAAGGACCUUACUAUCUUGGAAACAGAGGAUGUUCCCAAGCCACUGCGACAAAGCUACACCUAUAAAGAUUAUUGCAAGGAAGAAGGUGCAAAGGCUAAAAUAGACGAGGUGUACCUCAAAAAAUUAGCCACAGCCCAAGCGAUAGAAAUCUCACCUUCAGGAAGCAAAAAAAUAAAUGUUUACUCUUUCGACUUUCCUGCAAAAAUUGCUUCCCACUGGAAACGUGAACAGCGCACUUCCCUUUUUAUUAUUUCGCUCCGCUUGCUUGCAGAAACUGUUAUGGAGCAGUUCAACCUACAUAAAGUCAAUAUAGGAUGCCCAACUGCAAAUCGUACAACAAAAACAAAAUCCAUUGUUGGUUACUUUCUCAACAACAUCGUCUUUCACAUGGAGAGCCAACAAAACGGUGAAAAUAGCUUCAAUGUAUUGCAAAAGCAAGCGAAUGAAAUUAUGAAGCAAAACAUUCCAUUUAUGGAUCUGAAAGCUCAGUUUCAGAAGGUGAAUAGUUUGCUGUCGCCCAUUUUUCAAGUUUACUUCAAUUGUAGAUACGAUUUGGAGUAUGAUUCUAAUGACAGUGACGAGCUUUUGGAACUUCUACCUAUAAAAUCAGAGUUUCCCAUAGAAGUGGACUUGGACAAACGGUCUUCCUCUUUUCGGGUUACAUUUAGGAUACAGGACGGUGUCUCUGGCGAUGUAGGAAAACAGCUUAUGGAUCGAUUUCGACGAAAGAUUCUUCUAGGCAAAAGGGCAGAAGACCAAAUUGUCUUAGAAAACCGACCAAAAAGUGGAAUUUUAGAAAAAGUGCUGAGAUUAGCUCAAGAAACGCUACGAACAAGCUUACUCCAACCAAAUGACAACUUUUUCACCACCGGAGGCAAUUCUUUGCAGAUAAUCGCAUUUGCUGAGAAGCUCGAAGAAGAGCUGAAGAUAGAAGUGGAUAUUGCCGACAUUUAUGAAGCAACGUCAUUUUCUGAACUUGCGGAACGUCUCGGUACCGUAUCCGGCUCUGGGUUUGCUAACUCAUUAGGCAAAAUCGAAUCUCACCAAUUCGACGCUAUUUCGCCAGUCAUCCAGGAAAAACUUCAUAAAAACCCAAAGCAGGAAAGCUCGCAUAAAAGAUGUGAUCUUCCUUCUUUGAGCUUAGGCCUGUUACUAGAAAAGUUUUGUCGAAGUUACGAAUCAAAAACGGCGUUUGUAGAACCAGAUAACAUUACAAGAAAUUAUAAAGAUAUUAUGUCAACCGUAUGGGCUCAGGCCCUAUCCAUCAGGAAUUCUUACAUCAAAAUCAAUGGAACGACUCUUUUACCAGACACCGUCAUUCCUGUCAUUGGCCGUCGCUCAUCCUCUACAAUUUUGAGUUGCCUUUCUGUAAUACUUGCUGGGGGUGCAUAUCUCCCAAUAGAUGUAAAUUCUCCCCCAGAAAGAGUCAGGACUCUGUUUGAAGAAUCUCGAGCAAGCUGCUACAUUAGCUUCGAUGUCCCGGAUGUCAACUCAUUACCCCUUGAGCUCGGACUCAUCUCGAAAUAUCCAAAAAAGGCCAAUCUCAUAAGCAUCAACUACACGAACGACUUAUCGUAUGUAAUUUUCACUUCAGGAACCACAGGCACACCGAAAGGUGUCUGUAUAAAGCACUCAGCGGUUGCGAACAUGAUGAUGGCUGCCACCCAAGAUUUUCGAAUCCAUACAGACGAUACCGUAUACCAGUUCACCAACUUUGUUUACGAUAAUAGCGUACUUGAGAUCUUUAUGACUCUCAGCAAUGGAGCAAGACUCUUAGUGGAAACCAGCCAUUUCCACCCGAGAAAAUUUACUGUUAUGAUUGGGAAGUACUCAAUCACACACUGUUUACUCUUUCCUGGUUUGGUGUCAACCUUUAGAAAUGAACAUUUUGUGAAACUUGCAGAACUGCGGUACUGGAUUGUCGGAGCCGAGAAAUUGCCUCAAAAAUUGUUUGACCGAGCAAUCCAGUACGGGAUCAACGUUAUUCAAAAUUAUGGCCCGACGGAGACCACCGCUUAUGCACUGACAAAGCACAUGCGAAAGGGCGAUAACGGUGCAAAUUUGGGACGAGCCAUACAAAAUGUCGAAGUGAGAGUGGAAAUGAAUGGGGAGCUUCUGGUAAGGGGGGCCGGACUAAUGCGCGGGUAUUUGAACAAGGAAAAAAGUGCAGUAUUGGGACGGGAUGGGUCGUAUUCAACAGGGGACCAUGUUCGACUUCUAACUAACGGUGAUGUAAUUUUCAUCGGUCGCAAGGACAACCAAGUGAAAAUCUCAGGACAUCGGGUUGAGCUGGGCGAGAUUGAAGCAGCCAUUUACCGUAUACCUCAAGUCAAGCAGUGCAAAGUUCUUUGGCAUGAAGAAGAGCAGACACUUUUAGCAUUUUGCAUGGCCCACAAUAAUGAAGUAGUGCUAGCGGAAAAAGUACUGAAAAAUUGUUCUGCACUGCUUCCCAAGCACAUGGUCCCUAAUCACUUGAUAGUACUGGACGAGUUCCCCCUUACCAAAAAUACCAAAACUGACACUGAACAGCUUAGGCAGAAAUGGAAGCAAAGGAAGAGAAAGUCAGCCAAAGUCGAAGUAGCAGAAAGCAUACUCGGACGCUCAGUCGACCCAGGUCUGGGUUUAUUCAGAAAUGGAGCAACAACAUAUCAAGCGAUUCUCAUUUCAAAAGCUUUGGAGAAAUAUGGAAAAAACGUGGAAAUAGCUGAAUUGCUACAGUAUCCUCUAAUCGACGAGUACGACCAUUCCCUUUCGAAUAGCCAUAUUGGAAAUCUAGAAGAAAACCGUUCUAGUGCUGACGAAAGGCUGAGAAAUAUCUGGUCGAAAGUCCUGAAAUAUAACGAAUUUGAUCAAAACGACAACUUCUUCCUCGUUGGGGGCCACUCGCUUCUCCUACUUAAAUUACGCUACGAGAUAAAUCAAGAAUUUCACACCAAACUUGGCAUCCAAGAUCUUUUAAAUGCUUUGGUAUUCUGCCAGAUGGUGGAGAUGCUGUGCAGGAAGGAGUCCAAUGUCAAAAUUGUCGAUCUUAUCUGCUCUCCUUCCAAUCCGCAUAGGACCCUUGUGUUCAUCCACCCACUUUACGGUGGCAGCGUCCCCUAUGCAACUUUGAUACAGCGCAUUCAGGAACGAACGCAUUACCAUAUUCUUACAGUACAACAUCCAAACACGUUCGGAUUUGAAACCGAGGAUCCCAAAUUUUUCGAGAGCAUUCAGUCACUUGCGAGAAGCUACGCAUCAGAGAUCCAGCAAGCAACUGACACGGGUGCGAUCACCUUGGUGGGAGCUUCAUUCGGGGGCACAAUGGCAGUGGAGAUCUCCAACUAUCUAGACGCACCCUGUGAUGUCAUUGUUAUCGAUAGUGGAAGCAACUAUGAAUCACUGAUGGAGUAUUCUUUGGAGGAACACUUGAAGAGCCUGGAAAGCGACCUAUCAGACUAUGAAAUUGAUGUAGAAACGCGGUUCUGGAUGCAAGUGAACUCAUGGGAUUUGUUGCAAAUGUUACGAGCACACAACACUACCACUUACCCUACUGUACGAAAUUUUAACAUUUUCUCCAUCGAUGGAUCUGAUCUAGGAUGGAGCAGAUUUCUGGAGGUGACUGCUGUUAGAGAAAUCACCGGAACACACGCUAACAUGCUGACAGGGCAGCACGGCGCAAAGCUUGCUGCAAAGAUUCUUGAUAUUCUGAAUUUACUUGCGGCUUUCCGUAUUGCAUUAUUCAUAGUAUAUUGUGUACCCAUAGCUAUUGUGCUAUCUAUCAUUUCUCCAGAUCAAGCAGAGGCAAGAAAAUGGGUUUUAGAGGAAUAUACGUGUGCCCGGUCUGUGAUAGAUACCCCGCGACUUCAUAUUUAUACUCCAACAAGUAUUCGUCCUGCUGUAUUGACCAUAUUCCUACUUGACAUGGGGACGUUCAUACUAGCCAUUGUUGCGAUCUGCUUGUCAUUUAGUUUUCUCAGCAGCAGAAAUGAAAUGUCGCAGAAGACGAGAACUAUGCAAAAGCGCUAUCUCAAAUUGCUGUGCAUACAGAUCGCAAUCCCGGUAGCAACAAUGGCAGUACCGAUUUUGAUGCUAAUCUACAUGUUAGGAGUUUCAACAAGUGCUAAGCAAGAUUUAGCGAAUCUCGCUUUUGUUGGGAUGGGACUGCAUGGUGUUACAGCUCCGUUAUCUUCAAUAUUUACCAAUGAUAAUUAUCGAAAAUUCGUCAUCCAGAAAUUGGGAUUUGUGUGCGCACGACGUUCGAAGUCCAACGUUAGCGUCACAGUGGAAAGAGUGGUGACUACUCAUACAGCAACUUAA